GGCAAUUGUCACCAGCCCUUCUCACACGCCUCGCACAGCGCUGCAACACUCGAGAGUGCCACCAAGUCAGCUGUCUUGCUGCAUCACGCCAACGCCCUGCUCCUUCCUCUCGCGGCCCAGGCUUUGCGCCAAUUUAUCCGCGACCAUCCCCCCGCACCACACCUUAUCGGAGAAGCGACCCCAUUUCUGACUUGCCGCAAAAGGAUCCCCGGCCCUUAUACCGACUCCAUCUGGCCUCUCUACCGUAGUUGAUUAAAAGUAAAUCUCGCCCGGAUUAACUCCCCACCAUGUCUCUUGCCCGCAGCUUUACGAAGCGUAUGAAGCGGCCCUCCAACGAUGCCGUCCCCUCCACCCCCACCAUGUCUCGCAGCCAGAGUGUAAAGAACCCCGGCCUCACCAUUGACCGCGCCAAAAUUUCCGCACCUGUUGCUCUCGUCUCGACAACAAAUAUGCUCAGCUACAACGCCCCGGACAUCGUGCCCAUCAAGACGCCCUCGUCGUCGUCCAUCUCAACACAUUCGGCCGAAGACUCGGAUCACAGCAGCUCGACACGCUCGAGGGCGUCGUCGCACGCCUCGCGCGACACUUUGACAGACGCCUCGUCAGUGAGCUCGUCGUCGCCCACCUCGCCAACACCGAACCACCUCACCGGCUACUUCGCUGCUGCCAACAAGAACGUCCGCAAGUCCGCAUCCUCGGGCAACCUCCAGCAGCUGAAGGAGCACGUCGACGAGGAGCCAGCUGUCCCGGCGAUCCCGGAGCGCGCCCUGUCCCACAGUAAGCGGGCACACGAGCGCCUCGCACAGAAGCGGUCCCUGCAGAACAUCUCGCGCACCCGGUCCUCGCGCGAGCACCGCGCCUCGGUCGACAUGUUCAACGCAUCUAUCAAGGAGGAGACGCAUCCGUUCGGCGCGGAACUCGAGCAGCUCAACGAAGUCGCCGAGGAAUUCAACGGCGUCGUCCGCGACGCCGAAAUGGCCGCCGACCUCGCCGUCAUUCGCGAGCGCAACCUCGCGUCGUUCUGCGCUGCCGACUACCUCGCCGAGAUCCAGCCGCUGUUCGCGUCAAGGUUCGGCAGCGUCGCGCAGCCGGCGCCCAUGGCGUGGAUAUAACAACAUGCACUCGCCAGCAAUGCUGCACAAAAAGACGGCUGUGACGAUUCUACUUUAUUACUUCCACUGUAUAUAUCUUUUUUGUCUUGCGAGACGGGUACGUUACGAACCACGCUUCUCGGGAGAUGCACAUAAUCACUAUUCACCCAUCUAUCUAUCUUCUAUGUCUGGAGGAUCGGUCGCCUUUGGGAAACGGAACUGGCGUUGCUCUUUUGGAAUGGGCCGGGAAAAAGAUAUCCGGUUCAAUUUGUUGUUUGUUUACCUCGCUCU